AUGGCUGCACCGACUUCUUCCCCCUCACUCUCCGCCCUCACUUCCCUCAUCUCCGAAACUGCAGCUCGGCCCUCCAGCCCUACGAGUGCUCUUAGUCUUCAAGUCCUCCACAACCUCCAGCAUCAACACCUCUGGACAUCCCUUCAAAUCCACGAGCCAUACGCCCUCUCCUCCCAGCAGCACACGCCCUUAAUCUCCGGUCUCCCCCCACAAACCGUCUACACACACCCCGACGAACAGGCGUACAUUCUCGAGCAUGACAUCCGCCCCGAGACUAUCCCAGUAGAAAAAGAGUGGGUCAUUCCCUGCGCCCAAGGCCAGUCUUGGAGCUUACGCAAACUAUCGGGCUUGUUCGAUUCGCUACCGAAUAAGACUGAAGAUAUGCCUGAAGACGUGGCGACUGAGGAGCACAGCGCCAGCGAAAAGGUAGUGGAAUUCGUCAGACUAAAGAAAGAAAAGCCAUGGGGAGGGAAGCGGGCUCUGUUGGCGAUGGUGAAUCGAGGCAUGGGUGGAGACGGAACAGUGGUAUAUUAUGUGAUGCUGGAAGGGAAUGUGAAACCGAGACAAAAUUAA